AUGGCGCUUCCAGCACAAGCCGACUUCCUUGCGAACCUCGCCGCCGACAAGUGCCCAAUUUGCUACGAGCCAUUUGUUGUGCCGAUCAAAACCGAAUGCGGCCAUUCAUUCUGUAUGAAGUGCGCUAAAGAGUGGUUUACUACUGCGCGCACUUGUCCUUCCUGCCGCACGCCCUUGUAUAAGAAGCCAGAAGAUUGGGAAGACUCGGACUCAGACGAGGGCGAGGAUAUCGAGAGCUCGGAGGAAAUCGUAGACGAAGAAAUUCAAGUCGCUCCACGUACGUUGACAGUCAUACCAGACACUGAUGGACCACUCAUCUACGACGACUGGAUCCAUGUGGAGCUACUGGACGCCGAGGAGAACUUGGAGGUGAAUUUGGACGACGACCUUUUCCGUGAGACAUUAGUGAGCCUCUGCUUCACCGAAGAGGACCAUAAGCACUUCUGGGAGGCAAGACCUGACUGGGACGACCCAAUUCUGAUCACACGUCUGCAUCUUCGCUCCCAGACCAUUGCCGCCAUAGUCCGGCUCACGCCUGACUUUGAGAGCGCCAUUGAAGCACGGCUCAACUUCAGAGAGGCAUGUUGUUGGUCAGGUUGGGCGGAGGCGGGUCGAUAUGUUCUGGCAAAGCUGUCUGAGCUGUGGGACGAGUGGCCAGAGCAGACUGCACGGGCUCUUUAUGGCGAUCUUUCUUCCGGAUGGCUGCAGCAUCUGGAAGUCGUGGGUCUCCCUUUGCCGAAGUACGACGAGAGGUGCGAGACCUGGGGAACCUUUGAGCAGAACGUGGACCAGCUCUUCACUCAAGUGGUCAUAUUUGCUCAAGAGACCGCGAGGAGAUACUCGAAUGCUCGGAACAGGUCAAGCUUGCCGACAGUCGAUUGUCGGGGUCAUGAUCGGGAAGAAGAGUUCGAGCACCAGGAAGAGGAAGGAGGGUUGGUACGAUGCCGAGGAGUCUUGUGA